AUGGAUACGCCGAAUGCCAAGUCGGUUGUGGCCGGGCUGGCUUCGCUUGGUGCUAAUGCCACUGUCGUCACUGGAAGCGUGGAUGACCUUGAAAGUAUGCAGCGCAUCAUGGAGCUAUUCAACCAUAGUCGACCCCUUCGCGGCCUUGUCCACGCGGCGGGGGUGGCAGACACUGGCAUCCUCUCUUCGUUGGGGCCAGAGCAUUGCCCAGAAGUGUUUGCACCCAAGGUGAGCGGCGCCUGGAACAUGCACACAUUGAGCAAGGACAUGGACCUGGACAUUUUUGUCCUGUUCUCCUCCAUCUCUGGUGUUAUAGGCCUGCCCGGGGUCGGCCUAUACGCUGCGGCGAAUGCAUUUCUGGACGCGCUGGCUCAUCUGCGAAUCGCCACAGGCCUACCAGCAACAUCGGUGGCUUUCGGAACCUGGCAGGGCGAUGGAAUGGCCGCUGGUCAUAGUGGGACGAUUCGUGCGCAUAGUUCACAGUUUGGCCGCAGCCCGUUGACCCAUGAGGAAGUGCUGCGACUCUUCCAGCAGGCAGCCUCGAGCGGCCGAGCUCUCACAGUGGCUACCUCGCUUGAUCUCAAAAGGCUACAAAGUCACUUUGACGAUCGAGGUGGUGUUCCGGCCCUGUUUCGUUCGCUCUUGGGUCAAAGAAGCAACCAGCCUGGACAGAAUCUGCGAAGGGCAUGGACUGCCGCACCUGCAAAGCAAAGGCCCGGCAUUUUACUCCGCAUGGUUCAAGACACCAUAGCCAGCGCGUUAGCAUUCGCGCACCCAGAUGACGUGGACGUCCACAUACGUCUACAAGAUGUCGGGAUCGACUCGCUUACGGCGGUGCUUAUUCGAAACCACCUCAGCGUGCUCACUGGCUUGAAGCUGUCCGCAAAUUUCACAUACCAUCAUCCGAGUGUGAAGGCGCUUAGUGAUUACUUGACAAGCAAAUUGCAGAGUGCUUGGGAUCCAGAUGAUGUUGCCCCUACGUCCCUUUUGUCCAGCAGCACAGGUGAUUUAGACCCCAUCACCAAAACGCCGCUGUCAACAGAUUCUGCGUCCAUCAACCUAGCCUCCAUACGUAAGGGCUGCCUGGACGCCAGUCUAAACUUCGAAAAUGCCACUCAAUGUGUCAAGCGUCCCACGUCUGUUCUUGUGACCGGUUCUACGGGCUUUGUCGGUGCAUUUAUCGUCCAUGAGCUACUGAAGCAGGGCAUCACGGUGCAUUGUCUCGGACGCGCAAAUAACGACCGUCACGCGCGGCAACGAAUGGUCGACACGCUGACCUGGUAUGGGUUGCGGGACACUCGAUUCACGCCAAUUCUCCACGUCGUUGUAGGCGAUAUCACCCAACCUCUGUUUGGCCUGGACGAGCAGCUGUUCGAAGAACUCGGUGAAAGGAUCGAUGCUAUAUGCCACUCUGCAGGCCUCGUAGAUUGGAUGCGACCGUUGGAUGACUACGUCGGCCCGAACAUGGUCAGCACGCACGAAGCAUUGCGCUUAGCCUCGCGGGGGCGUGGCAAGGCGGUCCAUCUCGUGUCCUCCAUCGCCACACUGCCGAUGCAUCUGGGAUGGGACGUUUCUGAAGACCAAUAUGAGCAUUCCUACGCGACAUCGAAGAUGAUGGCGGAGCGCAUGGUGUCGGCGGCUCGCUGGCGAGGGAGGGGCCAGGGCGUCGGUGUAUCGAAUGCCGUUCGUGUUCGCGCCGUCGACUGGGCAUUUCCGUCUUGA